UUAAUUUUUUUUCUUGCCAUUGUGCCGAAUUUACUAAUGCUACCUGCAUGUGUCGCUGCCGUCGCAACAAAAAUGGCCACGUGCGACCGGCACACAAUGUUGAAGUUGUUAUUGUUGGUGCUUCUUGUUGGAAAUGUCUCGCUGGUGGACCGGGGGAACUUCAAGACUUGCGAGCAAAGUGGCUUUUGCAAACGCAACCGAAACAUGAAACCUGGAGAUUCUGCUUAUGAAGUUCAAGUCUCAAGUAUGCGGACUUUGCCUACUAAAGUUGAAGUUGAUGUCGUGAAUACCAAGAACGGGGUAGUGCUUCGACUGGAGCUAAUUGCCCUGGAGCAUGACAUUCUGCGCAUGCGACUGAAUGAGGCAUCUUCACCUGUUGCAAGAUUUGAGCCAAAAGAAGCGCUGGUGGAUACCAUUCAUGAGCAGAAGAUCCUGUUGGCCUCUCAGGAUGACAAAUCUUUCAAGGUUAAAUUUGGCCGCAACAGCGCUACUGUCAACCUGAACCCAUUUUCCGUGGAGCUGUACUCCGGGGAACAGCUCGUCAUCAUUGCCAAUGCUCGUGGUCUGAUGCGCUUCGAACAUUAUCGACCGAAGGAACAGUCGAAGCAGAACGACAACCCUGAUGCCGACGCACAAGAGAAUGCGCAGCAGAGCAAUCCGUUCCUCGUAAGUGCACCCCGAAAGUUGCUUCAUGCCACAGUGCAUACCAUCGUAAGCGUGAUUGAUCAAGUGGUGACAACGCUAGCACCUCCCGCAAUGCAAUUCCUGAGAGCCAUUGGUGUUCUCGAGGAAACGGAGGACAACCUAGAUGACAGUGCUACUACUAAUGUAUUGGAGGAUCCUGAAGACGGUCAUGCCAAUGGAGAUGAAGAUGAAGCCAGCACAGCGCACCAGGAUGAACAGCAUGAGGAAGUCCAUGAAAGUGAUCUUGUUGAGGUUCAUGAGGUUUCAGAGGAUAAUGAGGCAGAGAAUGAAGUGAAACAACCUGCAGAUGAAGAGAACAUGGAUGGUGCAUGGGAGGAAACAUUCAAGGGACAUGUUGAUUCAAAAAAGAAUGGUCCAAUGUCAGUUGGGAUGGACUUCACCUUUGAAGGGUUUGACCAUGUGUAUGGGAUACCAGAACAUGCGGAUGCUUUUGCCUUGAGAUCAACAGUUGGUUCCACAGACCCUUACCGACUCUACAACUUGGAUGUCUUUGAAUAUGAUGUCAACAACCCCAUGGCCCUUUAUGGAAGUGUACCGUAUAUGAUAGCCCACAGUGAGUCGAGGACUGUCGGUCUUGUGUGGCUUAAUGCUGCAGAAACUUGGAUUGACAUUGAACCAAAUUCAAAACAGGGCGUACUGUCUUCUGUCGUGGAUUUCGUGAAACGUAGCCCACCGCCUAAUAAACGGGACACACACUGGUUCUCUGAAUCUGGACUCAUUGACACCUUCUUUCUUCUUGGCCCCUCUGCAAAAGAUGUCAUGCUGCAGUAUAAAUCCAUUGCUGGAGCUACACCGCUGCCCCCUCUCUUCUCAAUAGCUUAUCACCAAAGUCGCUGGAACUACAAUGACCAAGAAGACGUUCGCAAUGUUGACGGCAGCUUCGACAACCAUGACAUCCCUUAUGAUGCUAUCUGGCUGGACAUUGAGCAUACUGAUGGGAAAAAGUACUUUACCUGGGACUCCUUCAAGUUUCCAGACCCUGAGGUGAUGAUUCGCAACCUGACUGGAAAGGGACGUCGCAUGAUCACAAUCAUCGAUCCCCACAUCAAGCGCGAGUCUGGGUACUUCAUCCACAGCGAGGCCACAGACAGAGGGUACUACGUCAAGAACAAGGAUGGAAACGACUACGAUGGAUGGUGCUGGCCAGGUUCCUCAUCUUAUCUUGAUUUCUUCAAUCCAGAAGUGCGCCAUUGGUGGGCCAGCAAGUUUUCCCUAGAUAAUUACAAGGGUUCAACAGAACUCCUGUUUACCUGGAAUGACAUGAAUGAACCUUCAGUGUUCAAUGGGCCUGAGGUGACUAUGCACAAAGACUGCAAACAUACAGGAGGAUGGGAACACCGAGAUGUGCACAACAUGUAUGGCAUGAUGCUGCCAAUGUCUACUUACAUGGGCCAUUUGCUGCGCUCGGAAAAUUCUCUGCGGCCAUUCAUUUUGUCUAGAUCCUUCUUUAUUGGGUCUCAACGCUACGGUGCUGUUUGGACUGGUGAUAACACUGCUGACUGGAACCACCUAAAGAUUACAGUGCCAAUGAUGCUUACCCUAAGUGUGACAGGGAUAUCUUUUUCUGGUGCGGACGUGGGUGGAUUCUUUCGUAACACAGAUGGCGAAUUGAGCAUCCGAUGGUAUCAGGCCGGCGCGUUCCAGCCAUUCUUCCGAGCCCACUCACACAUUGACACAAAGCGUCGGGAACCCUGGAUGUUUGGAGAGGAAGCCACACGGCUAAUUCGUGCUGCUGUCCGCAUGCGCUAUGCCUACUUACCUCUGUGGUAUACCCUGUUUUUUGAAAACGAUCGGGCAGGGAUACCCCCGAUGCGCCCUCUAUGGAUGGAGUUCCCUACUGACCGCAACGGUUUUGCUACUGAUGAUGAGUACAUGAUUGGCAAGUGCCUUCUUGUGCAUCCUGUAACUGAUGCAGGAGCAUCCAAGGUCACAGUAUAUUUCCCUGGCGAUGAUAAAGAGGUGUGGUACGAUGUAGAAACGCAAGAGACAUUCACAGGCGGUAGCAGCAUCACAAUUCCUGUCACCCUUUCUAAGGUCCCAGUAUUCCAGCGAGGUGGCACAAUUAUUCCAAAGAAAGAACGUAUCAGAAGGUGUUCUGCCCUUGGCAGGGAGGAUCCCUACACAUUACAGAUCGCCCUCAACAGAGAGGGUGACUAUGCUGAAGGUGACCUGUAUGUUGAUGACGGCGUUGGGUUCCGGUACCGGAACGGAGAUCUGCUUUUGCUGAAGUUCCACAUGGAGGGAAGCACCAUCAGUUCAAAGCUGGUUGAAGGGCCGGGAUCCUUCAAGACCUCGGCGUGGCUGGAAAGGAUACGUGUUUCCGGCUUCCCGUCGCAGCCCUCCAAAGUUCUUAUACAAUCUGGUUCGUCUUCGGAAGAACUCAGGUUCCAGUACCAAGCUGACAAGAAACUGUUGACGAUUCGCAAACCAGGAGUGAACAUUGGUGCAGAAUGGACUAUAAAUAUCCAGUAGGAACAUAAAAGUGGGAGAUGAGAUGGAAAAGUGCUGCAAGUUACACAAUGCGGUCUCUUUUUUCUCUCAAAGAAAAGCCACGGGUUGUCACAUUCCUGUCACAGAGUGAAUGCUUUUUGACCUAUUUCAUUUCUGCCACAUGGUCAUUUCCUGGCAACGGGAGUUGAUUUUCUGCUUUGUAGUUAGCUUCUCCGAAAUGCUCCUGCAUGCCGCACACUGAGUGAUGUUGAGAAAAAAAGAAAAAAAAAAGAAAAUGACGAGGCAAAAGGUUGGUUCUUCGUGGUGUUUUUUAUUUUUUCCUAGGAAAAAAACGAGUGCUUCGAUCCUGUGGUCUGCAUGAAUAUUGUUGCCGCCAGCAACCUGUAAAUAAUAAAUAAAAUGUUGGAUCAAGCAUA